AUGGAAGCUCAAUCAGCGUUCGGUCAUGGAAGUGUUGCGUUCACAAAGUUGCCUCACUCCCAAUGGACAGAUUACUUCCUCAAGGUUCCACUCAACGAUUCGGAAUUCGAUGUUACUACAAGAGAGAUUGACAUACUCAAGCCUGAAGUUAGGGAGCUCCUAUCUUCCGAAGAACAUGCUUUUCAAAGGAUAGAGGAUCUAAUUGGUGAUGAAAAUGACUUGUCUCUAAUCACCAUUAUGUUUCGCGUUUUUAGAACAUACGGACACAACAUGUCAUCCGACGUAUUCAAGAGAUUUAUAGGUGAUGAUGGAAAGUUAGAAGAACCUCUGAUGGGAGAUGCUAAAGAUAUACUGAGCUUGUAUGGAGCCGCACACUUUGGAACAACGACAGAUUAUAUAUUGGAAAAAGUGUUGAUGUUCACAUCGAAUCACUUAGAGUCCUUAUUGGCAGGUGGGACGUGCCCGCCUCAUAUCUCAAGGCUUAUAAGAAACACACUUUACUUACCUCAGCGUUGGAAUAUGGAAGCAGUAGUUGCAAGGGAAUACAUUACAUUCUACGAACAAGAAGAAGAUCAUGACAAGAUGUUACUCAAAUUAGCCAAGCUCAAUUUCAAGUUAUUGCAGCUACAUUACAUCAAAGAACUGAAAACUUUUAUCACAUGGUGGAUGAAGCUGGACCUUACAUCUAAAAUUCCAACUCAAUUCAGAGAGAGGAUCGUGGAGGCGUGGCUCGCAGGAUUGAUGAUUUAUUUCGAACCUCAAUUUUCAGGUGGGAGGGUUAUAGCUGCUAAGUUCAUCUACCUCCUUACCAUUUUAGCCGACGCUUGCGAUCAUUAUUUCUCUAUUCCUGAGCUUACAAGACUCGUAGAAUGUGUGGUAAGAUGGAGUCCUGAUGAGGUUGACACACUCGAAGAAAUGUCGCGAUUGGUUUUCCAACUUACGUUGGAUGUUUUCGACGAUAUCGAAAGAGAACUCAAAAUCCUCGUGAGGGCGAACCUUGAUCUUAUCAAAUGGGCACGAGGAAACCAGAUGCCUUGCUUCGAGGAAUAUGUGGAAGUUGGUGGAGUAGCACUUACUAGUUAUGCAACACUAAUGUAUUCUUUUGUCGGAAUGGGAGAAACCGUCGUAAAGGAGGCAUACGAGUGGGUAAUAUCCAGACCGAAACUAAUCAAAUCUCUAGCUGCAAAGGGUCGUCUAAUGGACGAUAUGACUGAUUUCGAGAAUGACAUGAGUAAUGGGUUUGCUGCAAAUGCGAUCAACUAUUAUAUGAAGCAAUUUUUAGUUACUAAAGAAGAAGCUAUUCUAGAGUGUCAAAAAAUGAUUGUAGACACUAAUAAGACUGUAAAUGAGGAGCUAUUGAAGACAACCGCUGUGCCACAUCUAGUUCUCAAGCAAGCCCACAAUUUUGGACGGUUGUUGCAUGUCCUCGACAGCCACAGCGAUGACAUAUACAAUUGUAGUGAAGGAAAACUCAAGGAGUAUAUAGUUACCUUGCUCGUGGAUCCAAUACGUUUCUGA